AGCCCAGAUUGAACAGAGAACAGCAUGAACAUAGCUGCGUGCACAUUAUCACCAAAUGUCAGAACCACCAGUCAGAACGCACCCUCACUCAGAGCAUGAGGAACACUGAAAAGAGCUAAAACUCAGAAUGACAGCCCAGAUCAAACAGAGAAGAGUUAUAUCACAGUUAUAUCACAGUAUUUCUCCUAAUAACUGUGCCGCCUUCACAGAGCACAUUCGUUAGCGUUGGACUCCUUUUGGGUUUAGUCUGGAUUGGAUUACUUAGUCCGAGGUGUGGUCAUGGACUGGACUGAUCGAGGGGCUCAACAUGGAAGUAAAACUGUAUGGGCCUGUGUGAGGGAUCACGCCUCAGUUUGACUGACUGCCACAACUACAGCAUUUCCAUAUUAGAUCAAUACUUGUUACAAGAGAUGACAUAUCUGUAUUCAUGGGCAUCAGGCUGAUAUCAGCAGGAAAUGCUGGAUGAGACAUCAUAGGGGAAAAACGGAGUGAAUCUGAUCCAAUCCUUUGAAGAACAUCUAUCCUAAAACAGCUCACACUUUCACUGUGCGGUGUGAUGUUGUCAGCUGUGUAUUUCUUCCUGUGGGAUAGAAGAGCCUUCGACUGGUUUGAGCAUGAUAGCCUACUUUUAGACACUCGAGUUGAGUGAAGCUUUCAAAUGACAGCUCAUUUAAACAGCGGAUGAACUUCACAGGAAUCAGAAUGAAAGUAGGUUUUACUGAGAUUCGCGAUGAAGUCGGCUCGAUUGAAAUCCACAACGGAAGGUGCCAGCAAAGAAACAAACGGAAGGACUAAACAAGGAAAGUAAACGAAGUAAAGAAAAGGGCUACUAAACAGAACAACCCGACAGAACAGAAAAGAGUUUACAAUACUAGAAAUAAAUACACAAAACCAUAAGCUGGAAACCAUUAAUCAAUGCCAAGCAAGAUGCGGGACAAACACAAUGGGUAGAAAUACUGGUGGAACCCAACAAAGAACUCCUGGGAACAAUUGCGAGGUGGGGCUACAGAUCAGAUACAGUAACUGUAAGCAGAGACCACCCUCUGCAGCUCCAGCUGAUACUGCUAUGGAGGAUAGUAUCUCUGAGAACUUUCCAGAAGCACCAAUAUCAACAUCUGAGCAUGAUGCUCCACAAACUACCUGGACAGAUGAAGACACAGAAGACGAAGAAGAUGGAACUUGGGAGGACGUUUUCAAGAAUGCAGAUGACUUUCCCGUUGAUUAUUCGAUAGAUUUUGAGGGCCCAGAGUGGGAAGAGAGUGAGCCUACAGAUAUGAAGGUUGACGUGAGAGAGAAAAGCUGCGUUGACAGCACAUGGAUGUUCAAGCUGAGAAAGAACCUGGACCAGCUGGACAGCUUUUACAAGCAGAAGGAGCUCAACGUGUUGAAGGCCAGAGAGGAAUUGAAAGCCUGCCGUCUCCACCUGACUGAGCUGGAGAAGGAGAGGGAGAACGUGGAGUCGGACAUAGAGAAGGAGAAACAAGCAGAGAACAGCAGCGCGGCCGUGUUCCGCCUACGUGCCCGGCACAAGUGUCUGUGCGCACAGCUCCAGGGAGAGGAGGAGCUGGAGGCUCAUCUAUCCAUGGUCCUGCAGGAGCAUGAACUGGAGCUGUGUGAGGUGGAGGUAGAACUUGGUCGGUUCCUCAGCCUGCGCCAGGAGGUGGAACAGGAGGAGAAGAAUUUCCAAGCCCAGAAACAGGAGAGACACAAUCAACGAAUCCAGCGCGAGAAGAACAUUGCCAAAGCAGCCAGACUGAGAGCACUACGUGCCAAAAAUGAACAGGAGAAGGCUUUGCAAGAACAGGCAGAGCUUGACCAGAGGAGACGGGAUCAGUCCCUGGCAGGCCGACGGAAAGCAGUGGCUUUCCUCAAACAGACUCUCAACAGGAUGCGCCAGAAAGAGGCUGAGAGAGAAGAGAAGAAGAAAGAGCUGAUGAAGAGGAGGAUGGAGGCAGCAGCAUCACUGAAGGCCAAUAUAGCUGCCACUCAGGAAUCACUGCGUGUUAGACAGGCCAAGGAGAAGGCCCGCUCGCAGAAGCAAAGGGAGGAUGAGAACCGUCAGAGAGAAUCACUGCAAACAGCGGGCGUGAACAGCAUCAAACUCAUGCACCUGCAGAAAGCGCAGGAGGACCUACACAGAAAGCAGGAGGAAUUCCAGGAGAGGCAGAAAGCCAGGCGGAUUGAGAUUGUUUCCAAACUGCUCCUAGAAGAAGAGAUGAAGGAGAAACUGGAGAAACGGCAAGCACUCCUUUUCCCUUCAACACCGCCUCAUAUGACUCAGAGCGCAGUGCUGAAGCGGCGAGAGAAGAGGCUGCUCCAGAGCAUCCUGCCUCUACCACCACAAGCAGAGAGAGAGGAGAGCCCGAUCCGGUGCUCAGUGUCAUCUUCUGUCAGCUCCAGAGGUGACAUCAGCAUCUCUCCAGACUUCGUGAAGGAUGAGAGGAGGAACGAGGGAGAUAAAACAGUGGAGGAGAAAGGACAGCAAGAGUGCCUGGUCCAGCCUGAGUUCACUGGCCUAUGGGACCGCAAGCACAGCGAUUACACGGGCACAACGGAUGAAGACAUUCCUCUAAAAGCGGCCCAUUUGAGGUCCACGAAGACCGGCCUGGAGAGAAGUUUGGCUUCAAAAGCUGGCAAAAAAUCUGCAGGUGGCAAAGAAUUAAAAGGUCCAUCGUUCGUUAGCAAGCCAGAAAUCGUCCUCUUUAAGGAUUUUGAUGUUGGAAAGACAUAUAAGAAGAAGGUCGUACUCACAAAUGUCUCUCACGCCACAAAUUACUGCAGACUUCUGGGAGUUUCGCAGAACCUCAUGGACUUCAUAGCAGUAAGUUUUGAGCCUCCUGGGCCCAUGUCUGCAGGCAUGGCGUGUGAACUGAAAGCUGUUUUCAAGCCUGUGCUGAAUGAGAACUUGGAAGGUGAGGUCCAGUUUCAGUCUGCUACUGGCCCAUUCUCUGUGAUCAUCAAGUGCACCAGGAAAAAAUGUGAGAUGGUUGUUGAUAGGAGCCUCAUUGACUUUGGUACCCAUGUGGUCGGGCAGACAAUUUCACGGGUAAUCACCCUGACAAACAGGGGGGCUUUGGGUACUCGCUAUGCACUGGCUGCCCUCUCCACCAAUUGCCUUCAGCUUCACCAUCUAUCCAAGAAUUCUUCUAGUGUGCAGGUACCUGGAGAAAGCAGCAGUGUGAAACUUGCUGCUUCAUAUUAUGCCUCAGAAGAAAUUCAAGCAGAGCAUGAAAGCACUGAGUGCAUAACUCGGUCAGAUGUCAAAUCAGAUGCACCCCCUGGCGAUGCCGCCUCCCUAGGUGUUGAGGUGAUCAGAGCCAGUCAGGAUUCAGGAGGCGGUGGUUUGGAGGAGAGCACAAUCACAGGGGUUGACCAGGAUGGAUCUGAGGUCAAUGAAAUCAGCAUUGGAGAAGUGCAUGAGGGCGAGGUGGGCCCAUUCGCUACCGUCAAACUGCCCAUUGUUUUCACGCCGACCAUUCCAGGGGAAACCAAGCUAGAUAUCCAGAUCACCUUCUCACAAUCAGACUGUGAAAUGAUUGUGGUGUCAGCCCGUGGUGUAGCAGAGAGUGUUCCUGUGUGGGUGACCAAGCCGAGCAUGGACCUGAGAAUCUGCAUGUAUGAUCGUCUUUAUCAGGACAGCAUUGAAGUUCAAAGCAGAGCCAGUACGGCCCUCAAAGUGACAUUUGAGGUGUGUAAAGAGCUGAAGAACCACAUGAAGAUCCUGCCUAAAACUGGCUUUAUCCAGGCCAAGUCCAGCUUCCAUGCCCAGCUCAAGUUCCUGCCCAGACGUAGCUUGCCAGUGGAUGCCAAAUCCCUCUUUGACCAGGACACAGGGGUCCUGGAGGUCCCUUUGUUUAUACAGGUGGCCGAUCAGGUGAGACCCGUCCCAUUCACAGUCCACGCAGUGGUCACUACAUCCGAUCUGGAGUUUGACCGUGCCGAGGUGGACUUUGGCCACUGCUCCGUCUUUGAGUCGGUCCGGACCAGCAUCCGGCUCACCAACUACUCUUUAUUGCCACAGGACUUUGGCUUUGUGGGCAUUCCAAAGUUCAUUAACGUUCAGCCUAAUGAUGGCUUUGGCACCCUGCUGCCACUGCAAACCCUGGAAAUCGAUCUGAUCUUCAGCGCUUCAAAAGCUGGAGAGUACAACUUUAAGCUGAACUGCAAGUCUGGAAUUAACAGAGACUUCAUGUUAUCAUGUCGUGCCAUCGGUGUCCGCCCUUUACUGGAGCUUUCUGGUUCAGUGGUGCAGUUUGGUGGUACAGCAGUAGGAGACAACUCCACUGCCGUUCUGUACGUGCUGAACUCCCAUACCAGCUGCAAUGAGUAUACACAUGCUGUGCCUCGGGAGGGCAAGGGCCCCAUACCUCCUGUGGGUCCCAGACUCUUCGCAUUCGCCACGCCAGAAAAUUCUGAAAUCACGGUGACCCCUGCUACAGGACGCGUUAUGCCUGGACAGAGGUGUCUGGUGCAGGUUACUUUCAGCCCGUCUCUGUCUGAUGACGACAUCAGGGCGGAGGCUGUUCGAUUGGUGUGCCAUAGUGAGGAGCUGCGUGUGCAGGAAUUUCAGAAAGCUAAUGCUGAGGCCAGCUGCAGCACAGAGCCUAAAACAGUGAACCAAAAGGAGACGCAACAGGAUGCAAAGAAAGGAAAGAAGCCUCCCAUAAACCAUGGCUCGGGCAGACUAUCUUUGAGGGAGAAGGGCAGCAAAACAUCUCUGACCCCAAAAACGGACAGUCCCUUUCAUCCACCGAAUCCAGCAGACAUUCAGAAGGGCUCAAAUGAGUAUGCAGCAGGAAAGGCCUCUCUCCUUCGCUCUUUUAAAGAGCGGUACAGCCGUUAUGUCAUCCCCUGCUUUGUGUCCAAUGGCGACAUUACGCAACCGGAGUCUGAGGAGUCUGUAUACAGCCCCUAUAACACUCUCUACCUGGAACUGCAUUGCCCAGCUGUCAGACCAGCACUGGUGGUCAUUUCUGACAGUGGGGAGACCACAGUUGACUUCAACCAGGUGUUAGUAGGUCAGAAAGUUUUGAAAAAGGUGACAAUCCAGAACAUUUCAUCAGAAUGCGUGAAGCUGAAGUCUUCAGUGUUGGAUCUAUAUGGGCCAUUCUCCGUGCUGAACGCUAUGAGGGAGGUCAGACCUGGAGACACCCACACACUACGGCUGGCUUUCGUACCAGCACUGGCAAAAAAGUACCGUGAGAUGCUAGAGGUCAGCUGCAGUAACAUGGCUCUGGAAUUUACAUUGUGCGGGGAGGGCCUUGCGCCCCUUGUCACCUGCUCACUUGAGGGAGGGGUUAUGAACUUCGGAUAUGUGCUGGAGAAAGAAAGUGCCACCCAAGUGUUCACACUGCAGAACUCUUCCCCUCUGCCUGUUCAGUUCAGUGUGUUGUUGGACAGUCUCUGCCCUUCCAAACACAGCGACAAUCGCUUGCUCCCAGCAUUCCUCUCAGCACACUCUAUACCACACACAACUUUGGGCACUCAGAACUAUAGUGGGCAGAGUGUGUUCACUGUGUCUCCCAUAGGCGGCAUUAUUGGCCCUGGAAAAUCUCAAGACAUCACUGUGACCUUCCAGCCUGACCAUGAAAGCCUACAUUACCGGGACAUACUCAGAGUGCAGCUCAUGAACAAACAAAGCGUGUGUGUUGUGGAGUUACGGGGUGCAGCACGGUGUCACACCAUGUUUGUGUGUGGUGGGGACACGUUAGACGUGUGCUGUGAAUCGCUCAUCCCCAACCACAUAUACAGCACGGCACAAACAGAGCGCACAGGGGCUGAGAAGCCACCCACCCCAGUGUUGUUGACUUUGAAAAGUGUGUGUGGUGAGGGUAGGGUGAUGGCGGCAACGCGGGAGUUAGAGGUGGGCUGCAUUCGUACUGCACAGCCAGUCCCCAAGAAGAAUGUGGAGUUCCUCUGGGAGGACGUGGCUGCUUUGCAGCAGCAUGGCUUUAGUGUGGACCCUACCAAAGGAAGUGUGGAUGCGGGACACAGGCGCACCAUCACUGUCACUUGGACGCCCCCUGCUGGACACACUCCCAGUGAAGUUGUUCAGGUGCGUGUUCCCUUGACUUUGAAAGGAGACGAGACUGAGGUGUAUAGCGUCACUCUCAUGGCCUGCAUAUCCCACAACGCUCACUCUGCAUAGGACCUGAAACCUUUGACGAAUUUUUUUGAAAAACUUUUCAUUCUUCUGUAAAUGCCAUGAUUUUAGACUUCAAGCGUUUAUAUUUAUGAUGUCAAUAUUAAACAUCUCUUUGUUACUUAAUAAUAAUAAUCAAGUAGUUCUAAUUCCUGUGAUUUGUUCAAUUUGUUACUUUCUUUUUACUGUUUAUUGAUAAAAGUGUUGUAAAUGUUCUCUACAAUUUUAUGUCACGCAUUAAGCAUACAAUUUUAUUUUACUAGUAGGAAUUACAUGCUUGAAUUGAUUUUGUGCCAAUAAAAAAUGAAUUGUUAUAGGAAAACAUUUCAACAUUUAAAGACUAAACUUUCUAUUCUUUUGCAUGUUUCCUCUGGGUGCUCCCGGUUUCCUCCCACCAGUCCAAAGACAUGCAGUCAGGUGAACUGGAGAUGCUAAAUUGCCCCCGGGUGUGAGUGAAUGUAUAUGUCUGUGUGUGCCCUGUGAUAGAGUCCUGUCCAGGGUGUUUCCUACCCACUGACUGCUGAGAGCACAACCCAGUGCUCCAGAACUGUAUAUACUGUGGCAGUGCAACAUGAUUCACAGGCAAGUAGACACGACUCCUCAUCCUAUUUGUCUCAUUUACAGAGCCUGGGGGGUUUACAUUUACAGAGCCUGGGGGGUUUCCUCUGUCAAUAUAUUUUACUGACAGCUGACAGAAUACAUGCAGAAUUUCCCUGAAUAUUACAGAAAGAGUUCGAACUUAAAGACCCCAACCAGUUGCCUUCUGUCAAAAAUAAAGACCUGUUUCAUACAUUUCAGUAAAACCUUUUUCCCGUUGCAUUAAAACAAGUUUCAUACUUUC